UUAAUCUUCCCAGGUGAACAGGUGGUGGUUUUUCGGAGCCAGGAUGAUAAGGCCUUUGUGCUGGAUGCUUAUUGCCCCCACUUGGGUGCCAAUCUGGCUGUUGGGGGAAGAGUGUCAGGAAACUGUAUAGAAUGCCCGUUUCAUGGAUGGCAGUUUCAGGGUGAAGAUGGGAAGUGUGUGAAGAUUCCUUAUACAGGGAAAGUGCCAGAGUUUGCUAAGGUACGUCGUUGGCUCAGCUGUGAGGUUAACCAACAGAUCCUGAUUUGGUUCCACUGUGAUGGAGAAGAACCCCCGUGGACCAUCCCAGAGGUGCAGGAGAUCACUAACAGACAGUGGGUAUAUCGGGGGAGAGCCGAGCAUUUCAUCAGCGCUCACAUCCAGGAGAUUCCUGAAAACGCAGGGGAUAUAGCUCAUCUGAAUCACCUGCACACGACUGGAAUAGUUAGUGGAGCAGAUCUACGCCACACCAACAGCAAAACAUGGGAAUUUUUGCAACAUUACUGGGAGGCUCACUGGGAGCCAGAAUUGGAGCCUAACACGCAUUGCUCUCAGAUGGUCAUAAAGCAUACACUUACUGUGUUUGGAUGGCACUGGCCUCUGCUAGAUCUUCGAGUCGUGGCCCGACAGGUGGGUCCUGGAAUAGUGUUUCUACAGUUUGAGCACAGCUUUCUGGGACGGGGAUUGAUCAUCCAAAGUGUGACUCCUGUGGAGCCUCUGUUGCAGCGGGUAUCUCACAAAAUAUUUUUUCAGUCAAACAUCCCCGCCCCAGUGCCCAAAUUCAUCCUCAAAGCGGAGUGUAUUCAGUUCGAGCGCGACGUGAUGAUCUGGAACAAUAAGAAAUACGUCGCUAAGCCCAUCCUUGUGAAAGAGGACUCUGGCAUCCAGAAGCAUAGGCGCUGGUACAGUCAGUUUUACAGUGAGAACAGCCCACGGCUGCAGCACCAGCGUGACACUUUAGACUUCUAACCUCCCUCAGCCACAGGAGGUGAGUUCCACUGGCAUAUCUGAUCAGGGAUGCCACAGUCUCUCAGUGGAGGGCAUCAACUAUUAGACUCCAUUCCACAGUCUGGUUUGAAGCUAAUUAAACCGCCUGCAUAGUGUCACCUGCGGCAAUCAUUUUAGGCCUUAUGUUUGAAUGUCUGAGUUCCUCUCAGCUGCUUUAAUCAUGAUGAGAAACUGCAGAAUUAUGGCCUUAAUAGUGAAUACGGGACAAUUUGAUAACUCAAACUAUCAUUUGUUUUUAUUUGUUUUGUUUUUCUUCAUGAAUGUAAUCUGCAAUCUCAUUUCUAGAAGCAGAAAAAUAUAAUGUGAGCACUUUUUGCCUUGAUCUUAAAGAUGGUGAACUUAAUGCCAUGCCAUCCAUAAUGAUUCCAACAGAAUCACUGUUUUACUUAUGUUUUUCUAUUUUCCAUUUGAAUGAAAACAGCUAUUAUGGAAUUAAGUUUUCUGACACAUUUUUGGUAUUUGUUUCACAAACAUUUUUUCCCACAAAUUCCGAAAAAUUGUAAGAUAUUACAUGAAUCAUGCCAAUUUGUUCAGUUUUAUUCCCUUAUUGGAGCUUUUUAAGUGCUCUUUAUUUUUCCUUUUACUGAACUGCCUUCUUCCAAUCGUUUGGCUCAGUCCAACAUUAAUUAUCUAAAAUAGGGUGGUGUGUCAUCCCAGUCACACCAGAAUUGUGAGAUG